CUCACAAUUUACAGCUCGGCCAUGUUUUUACUUAGUCCGUAUUAGCAAUAAUAAAUCAUUAAUGUAACCUAAAAUAGAUAUCCGUAAACAUUUGCGGUGUUUGUAUCUACAGAGACGCGCACUAGUUUGACCCUCGGUCACAGAAAUAGUUUCAUCCAACCCUCCAAUACGUGGAAAGUGGUAGAGUCCAGAGGGCGCGAGGCUCCGAACUGCUUUGGUUGUCAAGGAGAAGAAACGAGAAUCGACCAGCCAUUCAAGUCUGGAUGAUGGAGAAGAUGAGUGAGGAGAACACUGAGGAGGUAAACGUGUUGGAGGCUCAGAUCGAGCGCCUCCAGGCUGAAGUUGCAGCCUUGCAGCGCCAACAGCAGGACAACCAGAAGGACAUAACUUUCCACUUCCGAGGACAAAUGCAGGAUGCCAUGUCAUAUAUGUGUGGACAGAGACAAGAAGGAGACAAUGUGAUAAUGUUGUCCAGGCUGAGGGACGAGGUGGAAGAGCUGGAGGAGGAUCUGCAGCAGCAGACACAGAUAAAUGGCAUCAACCUAAAGAGCUGCACUACAAAAACUCUGCAAAGCAGUGGCAGAAAGAUGGUCCAGCAGCUCUGUGUAUCAGGUCGCUGCUCUGAAUUGGCCUUCCAGGUGGAGUUCCAGCUCUCCGAGGUCAAGAAGGAUCAGGGUUCUGAGAGGACGAUCAGUGAUCUGAAUGUGGUGAUGGAUGCCAGCAACCUGCAGAACUUCAGCAGUUUCCUCUCUGGGGUGGAGGAGAGCAGGGAUCUUCUGCUGUUCUUCAGGACUCUCAGGACUUACUCUGACAGAUGUGACGACCGGCGCAGAACCUUCCAGCACUUCCAGGAGAAGUAUCCGACUGUCGUCUCUCUUCCUGCAGGCUUCAGGUCAGAGGUCAUGACCCUGAAUCACCCUGAGCUUCCUGGCUGCGUCUUUUUCAUUCACUGGACAGUCGAGGUCUCCAGAGAGGGCCGAGUCAUGCCAAAGAUCGAGCUGCUGACGAAGAUCCCUGAGAGAGCGCUGCAGUUGUUUCCCUCUCAGGAUGUAGGCGGUGCUGCCGAGGCCUUUCAGGGCCUGCUGAGGAUUCUGGGACCUGAAGCCGCCUUGGAGGCUGUUAUCAUGGCGGUCAGCCUUUCACGGGACACAUGACUCACAUCUUCACCUCGGUUACAGCUACAUGAACAUUUUAUAUUCUUACAUGUCAAAUAAAGUAAAACACGCAGCGGCGGUUUAGUCUCUUAGAAAUCUUUAUUCAAUAGAAAGAGCAGCGCUGUGACGUCUGUAACAGCAGAGCUCAUUGGUCAAAAUCUACAAAAAUAAAUAAUUUAAAUACAAAAUGCCAGACAGCAGUGUCGCCUUUGUAUUUUCAAAUAGUUUUCAUCUCUCAGCUAUUUACACACACGCAGUUAUUAUAAGUCUGUAGGUAUCACAGUGCUGUGAUGUUUCUGCAGGCCGACGCUCAGGCAGCAGGCGGAGGACGCAGAGGCAACC